CAGCUGCUUGAAAUAUGUUGCUCCUCAGAAACCUUUCCUUUCAUACGCACAUCCAGAAUGAGAAUGGCACAUAUAUAUUCAUGUGUGCGUGGACUGAGUUUGCCUAUGAAAUUUGUACCACCAAUGUGUUAGGACCUGGAGGAGACACCCAACCUGUCCGAUGUGCAAAGUGAGGAUAUGGCUGAAAUUAAGCUGUUGUCAGAUGUUAAGGCAGUGGAAAAUUUGGCUGAGCAAUUUUCUUCAGAAAUGGAGACAAGUUCAAAAGGUGCUGAAACCAGGCAUUUAUCUGUGAAACCUGGGAUUGAUACCAACUUUGGAUCUAAAAAUGCUGAAAGUGAAUUAAUAGCGGUGGACUUUGCUGGCAAAACUUUCAGUCCUAUAACUGUAAAAACUGAGUCACUAAACACUGCAGCCACCCCAACAGCUGAAGACCAGUUUGCAACUGUUGCUACAGACCAGCACCAUGAAUCAACAAAACAUGAAACUUUACUCACUGUCACUCAAACAAAGUGCCCUCAGGCAGCUGCUACAGUGGAAGACACAAGACUGAUUCCUUCAAGACCUAUAACCCCAUUCACUUCCAAAAGAGCAUCAGAUGAGUUCUUAGAGGAUGAAGACCUGUGUUUGUCCACAGCUCCUCAUCCAGAUCUUGACACUUCUAAUAGUCUGAAAGUGCAAAGUGAAUUCUGCUCCAGUCACGGACAACUGGUGGAAGGACCCCAGCAACCACAGGAGUUUUCUGAGGUGCCAAUCAGCUUGGGUGAAUGCAAAGAGGAUGACAAGGAAUCAGAAAAGUGGAAUCAACUUCAUUCCCAGAUCUCUAAAAAACGGAUCAUUUUGACAAAAGUUAAGGAAGACCAUCGAAGCCUGAUCAGUGCAGACGAUGGAGGGAACGAUGAAAAGGUUCCAGAAAGGGAGUUGAUAUCAACUGGAUCUACUUCUGCAGUUCUUCAAUGGACGCAUGAAUCCAUCACCAUCCUAAGACAAAUAGUGAGUGUUACAGGCGGGUCUACAGGUGUGAAGAAGUUGUUGUAUGAGGCUGUACGGAGAGUCCUCUUCUGUCUGGAUGCUUUGACUGACCUGCUGUUGACUCCUGGUGGCUCUUGUGAAGGUGAUUCUCAGCUGAAGCUGCUGCAGCAAGAGUGUGUAUCAAAUGAGCUGAAAACUCUGGCGGAGCUGCUGAGUGAAGUAAAGUCAGAGACUGAACCUGCACUUUCACAGGACGAACCAGAUGCUUACAGAUGUUUGACCUGCCUUCAGGAUUGUCUUCAUAUAGUCCAUCUGGUCUUUACCUUUCCCCAUAAUCAGCUCACUGAACAUCCAGGCAUCAAGAACCAACAUCAGGAGCUCUUCUCUAGCCAGCCGUGUCUUCUGGAUGUAGUUGAACUGGGACAGACUGAGAUCUUCCCUAGUCUGAAUGAUGUGCCGAGUUUGGAGUGUAUGCUGGGCAGACAUCUGAGAGAGAGUCCAGGGGAAAAAGCCAAGCUGCAACAUGCUUCUUGGUCCUUGCUUCAGGGGAUAGCUCGCCUCCUGGAAUUGGGUGAAGAAUGCAUAACAGAAAAACAGAUGAACCAGGUUCACAACUGCAGUAAACUUCAAACCAUUCUCUGCAGACACAAGAAGCUGCUGCAGGUCCUCAGGUCCCAACUGGCCUAUGUCCAGCAUCUAUUCCAACAUGAGCCAGAAGCACUGAAGUGUCAAGAGGAUGAACGGGUACAGCUGGAAGUCAGGGCCAAAACACUGCAGCAACAGGCUCUGGAACAGGAGGUGGCUUCUCAAAGGAAGCUCCUGGAGUGGACCCGCUGGGAGGAUAAUUGUGGUCGACUGGGAAGGGUGCUGGAUGAGUGUGAAGCAUUCAUCAGCAGAAGGGAACCAGAGGGAAAUGACGAUGAGGAGAUGCUGCAGCACAGACUGGAUGCCUGCCAGCAAACACUGGUCCAGCUGGAUGAGAGCAGAGCUGUUCUCGGACGGCUGCUGGACAACGAGAAGGUGCUGCAGGCAGAGCCAUUGUUUGCUGCCUCAGUCGGUCCGGCGAGAGGCGCUCUGGAGCUGCGAUGGAGGAGUGUCUGCAGGCAGACAGAGCAAGAGAUACGGCGCUGCAGAGACAUUCGGGACACUCAGGCCAGAUUCCAGACUGAGUUUGCCUCGCUCAGUGAACAGCUGCUGGGUGCCAACGAACCUUUGAAAACUUUGUCAGAUCUGGCAGAUGCCUCUGACCUCAGUCAGGAGUGUGUUCACAGCAAUCUGACCAAGCUGCUGGACUUCUCCAUACAAGUGGAAGCUAUGUCAGUGCUGAAGGAGUCCGUAUCCAAAGAUGGCACUCGGCUCCUCCACCUGCGGGAAGCUGAUUGUCCUAAACUGAGAACUCAGCUCACCCAGCUGGAGGUUAGCUGGAACAGACUGACCUCUGACCAGUCCAAGAUACAGGAGCAACUGCAACAGCAUCUGCUGGCAACACAGCCACGAGUGGAACUGCUGUCUGACCUGGAAGACUGGCUGAAAAAUAUGGAGGCUCAAUUGAAACAGGAGAAAGAAGGAGUCCUUAAGGCCACAAAUGCAGCUCAGAUCACUGACAUCCUGCAGCACUACCAGGUGUUACAGGCAGCUGUGGCCAGUGGGCAACUCCUCCUCGAUUCUCUCUGCCAGUCUGCACCUCAGACGGUGGGAGCCGACAUCCAGGCUCUCCGCUCUGAACGUACAGUGUUCUCAGAGAAACUGGGCACCUUCAGACUGAAGUGGCAGCACUUUCAGAGGGAGCUGGAAAAUCAGAUUCGUGGAGCUGAACAGAUACAUCAUAACUGUGCAGGAAGAGAGAAACAUUUGCAGGGUCUUCAUAGCUGGAUGGAGCGGCAGAAAAUACAACUGAAUCUGUGGAAGCAGCCCACCAGUCAAACGCUGGCUCACAAGGCUCUGCUGGAGUGGGAGGCUGUUGUGGGCAGAGUGAGGGAGGUGGCUUCAGCUGUGCAGGAGCUACAAACCAGACGAGUACAUGGUGAAAAGGGAGAGGAGCACCCAAGUGAUGCUACCUUUUCCACUAAGGCAGAGAGCACAAGUCUUGCUUGCAGGGAUCUUAGGCAGCAGAUGGAAACUCUGAGACCAGUUCUUCAACGGACUGUGGAUGACUGGAGUUGUUUUCACAGAAAUCUAAGGGAUGCUAUCCUGCACACCAUUAGGGUGCGCUGUGCCCUGCAGCACCAACAGGCUCCCCUCUUUUCACUAAAGCAGGCAGAAGGAUACUUAGACCUCCUCCAGCAACUCCAGGGAGAGGCUGGUAAAGGAGAACAACUUUGGGCGACUGUAGACAAAUCCUGUCAGAGGCUUGGGCAGGCUCUCCAUCCAAGAGCAGCACAGGCGCUGCAUGAUCAAGUGGAAGAAGAGCGAAAACGGUGGAACGACAUUGUGCAGGAGAUAAAGGGCAAAUACAUAAAGACUGAAGAGACACGUUCCCUCUGGCAGGAGUACACUCACCUCUCUGACAACUGCUCUGAUUGCCUCCAAAACCUCUGGCAUCAGUGGGAGAAGCUGUCAAGUUCUUCACUUUCACCUGAACAGAACACACAAGACACAUAUUUCUCAGUAAAAAAGUUGCAGGAGGCUGUGGAAGACUUGCAAGGCAGUGUGGGAGAAGUGCUGGCAGUAUCCAAGCCUCUUACUGGACAGCUAGAACCACUAUCUGUAAAUUUAAUCCAAUCAGAAACCAGACUGCUGUCACGUGAUAUUCUGUUGCUAAACCAAGCCAUGUCAGGGAAAAAGAAAAGUCUUCAGGAGAACUUGGACCAACAAAAACUAUUUCAUGCUCAACUGGAGGCCAUUGAAAAGCAGAUACGGAACUUACUGCGUAAAUCGAAGGACGCAGACUCUGUGAAGCAAGUUCUCUUGGAACUCAGCGAUAUUUAUCCAUCAGUGGCUGAGAUUAUGGGGAUGAGCAGCUACAUGACUCUGACCAAGCAGGAGACCGAGAGACUGCACAUGCUGAGCAGGAACUGGGUUGAAAGCAUGACUAGUGCAUCUGACAUGAACACAAAGUUGCUAGCUGAGCGUCAACAUUCCCAAAGCUUUCAGGAGAAAUGUAAGAACCUGACAUCUAUCCAGGAAAAGCUGAAGCAAGAAUCAGUGUACAGAAAACCUCCAAGUUAUUCAAAUGUCCAAGAGAUGCUGGCUGUCCAUCAGAGGCUUCAGGCUGAAGUAAUUGCUGGACAUCACCUUCUACAGGAUCUGCUCUGUGACGCAGUCAGGUGUAUGGAAAAAGAAACAGGAGAGAAAAGAUCUGAGCUCAUGGCACAAGUAGCCUGUAUGAAGGAAAGCUGGUUCAACGCCAUUGCUCUGGCUCGUCAGAACCAAAUGACAAAAGACCAGCUGCACCAUUGGAGAAUCUACCACUGUGGCUUGAAACUUUUGAGGAAGUUGCUGACGGAUGUUGACUCUUUGCUGCCCCCUGGACCUUCCUUGUGUACUCUGCAACAGCUACAGAACUCUGCGAAUAAUUAUAAGUGCGCAGAACAGUCUCUGGGUCUGCAUUCUCCUGUGUACACUCAGACAACUGGAGGCUGGCAAAUUUUGUGUGAAACCAUGACAGAGCGGAGUCAGAAUCGACUUCAGUCAGAGCUUCAGGCCAUAGAGGAGGCCUGGAGGCGAAGCUCCUCACUAGUGGAGAGAAAAAGGAUCUGGUUGAUAGCACUUAACAAGGUCUUCACCCCUCAAAAUGGGGGCCUGUUUUCCCAGAGUGACGGAACCGGCCCCCAAAUCGCCCACUUUGUAAAAAUGUUCACUCACUCUUGA